CGGUUAGUGACGUCGCCAGCUCGAGCUAGCCGGCAGGUGAAGAAGAGGCAGAUUUAAAAUGUCGGACUGGGAGGAAGAGGAAGACCACGAGGGCGGCGCUGCUCUCCGGAAACCUGCUGCUAAACCAGCUCCAGCUGAGUGGACGCUACCACAACACGACGGCCAGAGACCCGGUGUGAGAAACGCAGCCCGGGGUGGAGGCUCCAGGGAGUGGAGAGCUGAAGGUCGACCGUUCCUCCGGAGCUCUGAUCCAGGAGGAGGCUCUGGAGGCUCUGGAGGCCGAGGAAGAGGAGCCUUUAGCGGGGAACAGACGGACUCUAACCAGCCGGUGACCUUCACCGUGGAUAACGCUGUAGUUGGCAGAGUAAUAGGUCGCGGAGGAGCCAAAAUCCGUGAACUUGAAGAGAGCACUGGUGCAAGGAUCAAGAUAAACAGGGGGGACUAUGAAGGUGAGGUGGUCCUCUUUGGUUCCGCUGCUGCCCAGCAGAAGGCCAAGGAGAUGAUUGAAGACCUGGUGGCAGACACAAGUAACUCUCGAUCUCGCAAUGGGGGAACUGAUGGAGGAGGUUACAGAGGAGGUGGUGAUGGAGGAGGCUACAGAUGGAGAGGUGAUGGAGGAGAAAGGGAUCCCUCUGUCUGGUCUGCUGCAGCGUUACAGGCUGCGGAUGCUGCCCCGGCUCCGCCAUCCAUAGACUGGAACACCAUCCGGGAGAACAAGGACAAGUAUGCAGAGCUCAAGUGGAAGGACCUCCCGCCCCUGAAGAAGAACUUUUACAUUGAGGCAGAGAGCGUAUCCAUGCUCACAGCAGAGGAAGUCAGCGAAUGGAGGAAGGAGAAUAACAAUAUCUUUGUGGACGACCUGAAGGAGGAGGGAGAGAAGCGUCCCUUUCCCAAUCCCUGUCGCACCUUCCUGGAGGCCUUUGAGCUUUAUCCAGAGAUCAUGGAAAACAUUGAACGCGUUGGCUUUGUCAAACCAACCCCCAUCCAGUCUCAAGCGUGGCCGGUGUCUCUGAGUGGGGAGGACGUGAUAGCCAUCGCUCAGACAGGAACAGGGAAAACGCUGGCCUACCUGCUGCCAGGGUUCAUCCACAUGGACGGACAGCUUCUGCCUAGAGCUGAGCGGGGUGGUCCAGGCAUGUUGGUGCUGACUCCCACCAGAGAGCUGGCCCUGCAGAUUGAGAUUGAGUGCAGCAAGUACCGCUAUAAGGGCUACAAAAGUGUCUGUAUCUAUGGCGGAGGGGAUAGGAGAGCCCAGAUCAAGCUGGUGCAGUGCGGUGUGGACAUCGUGAUCGCAACACCGGGACGACUAAAUGAUCUACAGAUGAAUGAGCUCAUCAAUCUUCGCUCCAUCACCUACUUGGUGCUGGACGAGGCCGACCGUAUGCUAGAUAUGGGCUUUGAACCCCAGAUUAUGAAGAUUCUCCUGGACAUCCGCCCAGACCGACAGACUGUCAUGACCAGCGCCACCUGGCCCACAGGUGUGAGACGAUUGUCCAAAUCUUACCUAAAGAAUCCCAUGAUGGUUUAUGUGGGCACCCUGGACUUGGCAGCGGUGAACACGGUGCAGCAAUCGGUGCUGAUCGUCCAUGAAGAUGAGAAAAAGUCCUACGUGUUUGACUUCAUCAGAAACAUGCUGCCCCAGGAUAAAGUCCUCGUCUUUGUUGGCAAGAAGCUUGUGUGUGAUGACCUCUCCAGUGACAUGUGUCUGCAGGGCCUGGCGGUGCAAAGUCUCCAUGGUGACCGUGAGCAGUGUGACCGGGAAGAGGCCCUCAAGGACUUUAAAGAGAGCCGAGUUCGCAUUCUGGUCGCUACAGACUUGGCAUCUCGAGGGUUGGAUGUCAUCGACAUAACACAUGUCUUUAAUUAUGACUUCCCACGUAACAUAGAGGAGUACGUCCAUCGCGUGGGCCGCACUGGCCGAGCAGGACGCUCAGGUGCUGCUGUUACCCUGGUAACAAGAGAAAACUGGAGGAUGGCCCCUGAGCUGAUUUCCAUCCUGGAGCGAGCAGGACAGGAGGUCCCUGAGGAGCUGGUUCUUAUGGCAGAGAGAUACGAGAAGCACAAGAAGGAGAAGGACUUGAACAAUCCAAGGGGAGGACCGGGAAGAGGAGGCGGAGGAGGAGGAGCAUGGGGAAGGAGUGAUGGUGGUGGAGGAGGAGGAUGGGGAGGGAGAGGGAGAGAUGGUGGAAGUGGAGGAGGAGGAUGGGGAAGGAGUGAUGGAGGAGGAGGAGGAGGAGGAGGAGGAUGGGGAAGGAGAGAUGGUGGAGGAAGAGGAGGCAGGGAUCGAGACCAAAACUGGGCGUUCUAAUGCGUGAUUGUCCCCCGUGAAGCAGGAUCUGACUCCACCUGUGUUGUAAUUUCUUUUGAAUGUAUAUUUUUGUAUUUGAUUUAUUAUUAUUUUUUUGUUUGGAAAGUUUUGCUUGUUGUGUUUUUUGUCAGUGAGCCAGUUACACCUCAUUAUUUUGUGCUCCUGUUUUUAAAAAAAUGUUUAAAAUGCACAGUUUUGACAGUAUUCUUCUGUCUGUACCUCACCAACCAACCAUAGCAGUGUUUAGUGUCACUCUGAAUAUUUUGUUUAUGUAAUUUCUUGAUUUUGGCAGAAUUAAAUCUGUAUAAUAAAUUCUCCUUUUUAAAGAGACGUGA